CGUCGUCUAUCAGCUAAAUUAUUAACAUCUGAAAUAUUACCUUAUCUAUGUAAUUUAAAAUCAAAUGAAUUUAUGUUAGAACCACAUGCGUAUACAAUGUGUUUUUCAAUGAUUAUUCUAUUAUGUUUAGAAUAUGUCAAUGAUCUAGAACAAUUACAUCCUAAAUCAUGGUACGAUAUUAUCUAUGCACAAGAACAAAGUAAACAAAGACAAACGAAUAAACAUGAUAAAGAUACUGGAAAAAUGGAUGAUAUGUCUUGGUCCGUAUUUGAUAAUGAUGAUAUUGCCGAUUAUCGAUAUCCACAAACAAGUGAAAAAAAAAUGUCAAUAACUAUCAUGCCAAAAUAUGAUGAUAAUUGUGUUAGUGAUUCAUUUACACAUUAUUUAAAUUAUUGUUCAAAUGAAUUAUUUUCGAAUAAUUAUGUAAGACCAAUCAAUUACUUUAUGGGAUGGUUUGUAACUAUAUUAUGGAUGUUUAGUAAAAUGAUUCCAAAUUUAAAACAAUUUAUUAAGCCAAAACUGGUAAGUUUCUAUCAAGUUAAAUACUCUAGUAUGCGACAAACGUAUUAAUAAUAACACUACGGUCGCACUCAGCGUUAUCGAUUAGAGGAUGGUAGGGGGUGGCAAAUCACCCCCUCAUUUGGGUACAGUUACUCAAAAAAGUUGUACGCGUACACUUGACGUCCAUCAUAGUCGGUACGUGUAACGAAAGUGUAUGCACGGCCCGAUCUGGGUAAUCCUGAUUAUGCUAUUUAUCUUCUAAUCAUGCAUUAAGUUAAUCAUGAUUAAGGUCGCGGUCACACUACGAAUUAAUCAUGAUUAAGGCUGUAGUGUGACCCUAAUAUAAGUCUAUCAUUUUUUUAUACAAAUACUCUAUUAAAAUGUUUUACACCUUGUAGAGAUAUGAACAUUACAUACUCUGUUUACCCAUUUGUGUUCUAUUUCUUUCCAUAUAAGUUCCAAUGUGUUCUGACGGAUAAUUAUAUAUGUUAUAGGUAGCUCAAUUAGCUGAGUAUUUACCAUUACAAUUUCCAACUGAAAAAGUAUUGAGUAUCCUUGAUUUGAAUAGUGUUGACGAGA